ACCGAGAUUACCAAAACUAGCAGACAUUAAAUUGAGUAACAAGCUUUGGCUUUUGGUUCAAGACUGUCGUGAGAAUCGAAGCCAUGGCUCUCGCUGCUGCUUCUGCUUCUUGCACUCGUUCUUAUUCUUCUCAAUUGCUUCCCCGCCUUAAGUUUUCCACAUUGGCCUUCCCUUCUUCUUCUUUUUCUUACUCUUCUUCUGCUUCGUAUGGUAUUACAAUCCCUUGUUUGCCCACACAACACACAAGUUCCUCCUCAAUUCGCAUGGCGGCGGCGAAGAGGAAAGAUUCGAAUGGAGUCCCAGCGGUGCAAGGGAAAGCGGAGGAGCAGAAAGAAGAACAAGUGGUGGAGGAGGAAGAGGACUUGCCUUGGAUUCAGGAGAAGGCAUUGGACCUGGUCGAGUUCACUGGCUCCGUCACUCAGGCCAUUCCUGGCCCUAGAGUCGGCUCCAGCUCCUUGCCCUGGAUUCUCGCUCUUCCUCUGGCCUAUGCGGGCCUCACUUUCGUUGUCGCCUUCGUCAAGACCGUCAAGAAGUUCACUUCCCCAAGAGAAAAACGCAGGAGACUGAUUAAUAAAAAUGCUAUGCUUUGCAAAUCAAUUGAUGAGUUCUUUCACAAGGGAAGCGAUAACUUCAAACUUGAUGAUGCUCUCAAGGAGCUUGAGAAAAAGACUGAUUUUGGGAUGGAGGAAAUUCUGCGCAAGUACAUUCGGUAUGCUUUGAAUGAGAAGCCCUUCAACCCCGAGUUGGUCGCCAAUUUAAUUGAGCUUAGGAAAGCUUCUGCGUUGGCUGACUCCCAGGUUGCUGAGAUUUUAAAUGAAAUUUCCGGACGGAUUGUGCGAGAUAAAGGCCCAGUUGUCCUGGAUGUGUCAGGUUAUUCGGAAAAGGGUUUCAAGAGAAAAAUUGCUGUUCAGGUUCUAUUUGGAAAGAUUUUCUAUCUGUCUGAGCUCCCGGAGUUCUGCUCAAGAGACAGCUCCUUGAUCGUCAAAGAAACUUUUGGGGUUACAGAUGAAGAUGCAGACAAACUUAGGAUACACACACUCUCUGAAGCUGGUGAUAUGGAUUCGCUUGAGAAGAUGGUUGAAGGUUCAAAUUCAGAAGAUUCCAGUGAGGGAUGAUCUUAUGCUUCUUAACUCGCGAAAUAUUCAGAGAAAGGAUUCCAGUGAGGGAUGAUCAGCUAUGUUUUCGCUGGUUUUGUAAACUUGAAAAAGUUUUGGUGAGCGGAUCAGUUUAGAUUCUGUCAUAGGUCGUUUUCUUAGCUAAGUUGAAUUUGUUUGUUUAGGGUUUAGGAAGUUCAAUACCUGGAAAUCAUUGAGGAUGCAUCGACCUAUCUAAUGCUUCGGCUACAAAAGAUAAAGCUGAUUUGCAUUUGUUUCACAAGAGGGCUGGUUUUUGUUAUCAAGACAGGUAUAUAUGCUUUGUUCAGACGUCAAGACGCAUGGAAGUGAAGUAAUUGGGUUGCAGCUUUUGGCUAGUACGUGGUAUGAAACCUUUUGCUCUGUUGAUCGGAUUAUAGAGCAUGUUGCGAACCUGAACAUCAAGUCCGUUACGGGAUAAUUUGGGCAGGUUCUUAGAAGGAAUCUGGACCAACUUUGAACAUAAGUUUAAAAAUAAACUUUUCUCUA